AAGUGUGCAGGACGCUAAUAAAACGACAGCAAAGUAUGAGGAGGAGCUUUGUCUUACAAAAGAGGAGAAGGAGCGACAACAUCAACUACUGGACGCUGUUUUCAAGAAACAUCAAGUUGUGUCACACAGAACAGACGUCUGUGAAGAACAUCUUCACCCUGAGCAACAGAAGUGGAGCUUCAGGAUGCAGACGGAGGAGCCACAGCACAACCUCAUUAAGAAGGAAGAGGAAUACCCACUGAUCCCCCAUUUUAAAAAUGAAGAGGAACACCCACUAAUCCCCCAUUUUAAAGAGGAAGAGGAGGACCCACUGACACCCCAUUUUAAAAAGGAAGCGGUGGAUCCACAGACCCCUCACAUUAAGGCGGAAGAGGAAUACCCACUGAUCCCCCAUUUUAAAAAUGAAGAGGAACACCAAUGGCUACCCUUUUUUAAAGAGGAGAUGGACGAACCACUGACACCACAUUUUAAAAAGGAAGCGGUGGAUCCACUGAGCCCUCACAUUAAGGCGGAAGAGGAGGACCCACUGACCCCUCACAUUAAAGAGGAAGAGGAGGAACACAGCAUCAGUCAGCAGGGAGAGCAUCUUGAAGGACUGGAGGAGGUUGAUGUCACCAAGAUGCCAGUGACUGGUGUCCCUGUGAAGAGUGAAGAUGAUGAGGUGAAAGGUGAAAGUGAGGAGAGGGGAGGGGGGGAGCCUCCAAGCAGCAGCUCAACACAACACAUGACAACAGAAGCUGAUGGAGACCACUGUGGAGGAUCACAAGCAGACAAGCUCUUAGCUCCACUAUCAGAUAGUGAGGACACAACGUCACACUCUCCUGACACUGAUGAUGAAGACUCUAAAGAUGAUAAGACAUGUCACACUGACAACACUCACUUCACAUCUUAAAUCUCCUAGUAAUUUGAAAGUACACAUGAGAACACACACUGGAGAAAAACCUUUUUCAUGUUCAAUCUGCGGUAACGAUUUUAUUCAUAGGCAACAUUUGAAUACUCACAAGACAAUACACACUGGAGAAAAACCUUUUACUUGCUCAGAAUGCUGUAAAAGAUUUGCGCGAAAAGCAGAGUUAAAAAGAUACAUGAGAAUACACACUGGAGAAAAACCAUUCAUGGGCCCAAUUUGUGGCAAAGGAUUCUCCCAGAAGGGACAGUUGGUAAACCACACAAAAACACACACUGGAGAAAAACCUUUUUCAUGUUCAUCUGUAGUAAAGGAUUUACUCAAAGGCACCUUUUCAAAGCACACAUUAGAAGACACACAGGAGAAAAACCUUUUUCAUGUUCAAUGUGUGGUAAAGCUUUUACUCGAAGUGACCAUUUCAAAGCACACAUUAUCAAUCAUCAAUCAAUGUUUACUUAUAUAGCCCUAAAUCACUAGUGUCUCAAAGGGCUGCACAAACCACCACGACAUCCUCGGUAGGAAAACUCACACCCAGUGGGACAUUGGUGACAAUAAUGACCCAGUGGGACGUCGGUGACAAUGAUGACUAUGAGAACCUUAGAGAGGAGGAAAGCAAUGGAUGUCGAG